AUGUUGCGCCUUACGCGUUGCGGUCUCACUGGACGCGCGAUGAUCUCGCGUGGGAGUCCGGAGUGGUCGCAUCGCCUGGAUCUCAAACGGGGGGGAAAAAAGAUACUGCUGCAUAAGCUUGGCACCUGCAAACCCAACAACGCCCUUCAGUACGCGCAGAUGACGCUGCAUGACUUAACAGAGUGGUGCUUGGCGUACUCGCCGUGGCGGCUCACGUUUGGGCUGGCGUGCUGCGCUGUGGAGAUGAUGCACGCGUAUGCCUCACGUUACGACUUGGAUCGCUUUGGUAUCGUCCUGCGCCCCACGCCUCGCCGGGCGGAGAUCAUCAUCUUCUCCGGCACUGUGACAAACAAAAUGGCGCCCCUGCUGCACAACAUUUAUGUGAAGAUGGUAAAUCCAAAAUGGGUCAUCUCCAUGGGGAGCUGCGCCAGCGGCGGUGGUUACUAUCACUUUUCAUACGCCGUGCUGCGUGGGUGCGAGCGGGCUAUUUCAGUGGAUUUCUGGAUCCCUGGUUGCCCGCCCUCUGCAGAGAGCCUCGUCUUUUGUUUGCAUACGCUGCAUAAGAAGAUUCACUGGCACGAGAUCCAAAAAUACUCUGUUCGCGGCUAA